UGGUGUGCUGUAGAGUUUCGACCUUUCGUACUGGACGAAAAACGACAUCCACAUGUCCCUUUUCCGUAUCGUAUCUGUUUGGAAAAUAUGGAAGCUGGACAAUGCAGUCUAAGUUUUUUUGUCGAAAAGAAUCGAAAUGAUUAUAGAUGGUUACAAAAAGUGGUAUUUCCUCGCUUCUUAAGAUGGUUCAGUAAAAUGGAGGAGCAUCACAACGCUACCUCGUCACAUAAACUAAUCGAUCCAGAAACCUAUGCAUCAUUAUAUCAAGAAAUAAAACAGCGGUGGGGUCAGCAGAUUGUCGCAAAUUGGACGGAACGGACAGAUCCACAGAAAUUCGUGUAUGAGGAUUGCGCCAUUGCAUCUUAUCUGCUAUCGUUUUGGCGGAAGAACGAUCUUUUGCCGCUCCGUUUUUGCGAUAUUGGUUGUGGCAAUGGUUUGCUUGUGCAUCUUCUGAAACAGAAUGGCGUGACUGGUUAUGGUAUUGAUUUAAGAAAGCGACGAAUUUGGGCAAAUUUUGUUGAAACCGAUUUGAGGGAACGAGCACUGAAUCCGGAAAAUGACAUAAUAGAGAAUGCUGACUUUCUUAUUGGGAAUCAUACCGAUGAGCUUACGCCCUGGAUACCAAUUAUGGCUGCCAGAUCACGAAGUAACUUUUUCCUGCUGCCGUGUUGUCCGUUUGAUUUUUAUGGCCGAUUUCAAAAGAAGAGUGGAGACGUAUCAGGCAGCCCAUACUUUUCAUUUCUGCAAUUUAUUCGUGGUAUCUGUUUAAGGUAA